AUGUCUUCAGACUCACCAACAGCCUUCCGUGCCACCGAAUUGAACCCUUCGCCUAAGAAAAACUUGGCUGCUUCUCCGUCACUAUCCCAUGCAACACACAACUCCGAUUCUCGCUUGAUGCACACUCGACCACACCAAAUGGAGGACCACAAGACUGAUAACUUCGGGCAAAGUCCAUCAAACAACGCCUUUGGGCAGUUCUCAUUUGCCCCCGCCACUCGUACAACAGUCGUCACUACUACCACCACCACCACUACCUCCUUCCCACCUCUCAUCAUCCGACCCCCACGUGCGGCAAAGGACCUAGAUACAAGACUGUAUCCUCUCGCCGCGGCCCCUACUCCUGCAUCCCUAAGAAACCUGACAUUCAAGGUCGGCGACAGGUCGAUUGUUUUCAAUGAACCGGAUGACUCUGCUUCCAUGGCACACGAAAUGAAAGAACAGCAUGACGCACUCCGGUCUUCUAACGGCCAGAUCCGGUCUAUCAACUCAUACACUUCAGAGAAUAGUAAAAAUGCCCGUCCCCUGGGACCUUCGGGACAGAAUCGCUCAAACUACUCAAAUAUCCAACGACCCGUCUCUCCCAUCUCUAUUCCAGACGCUCGCCCUAUCAUCCUCCCUCGAACACGUGCAACCCGAGUCCCUUCUGAGCCUGUAUUACGGCGCACCCGUCAAGGUGCCUCUGCACCCACCCGUCUUUCUACUGCCGGGUUGGCUACUCCGGAAACUGAAGUCAAUACCGGGAGCUUGGGUGAGCCUACGGUUCCAAGACAAAGAGUACAUAGUGCCACAAUUCCGCGCAGAGAAGCUCUGCUUCGUUCACCUCUCACAUCUGAGCCUGUAGCUUCAGUAAAUGCGAGCAGCUCGGGAACUCUCCUCAAUCGCGAGUUGCAAGGCAUAAUAACCUCGACUGUGAAUGGCUCCCCCGUACCUGAAUCCUCUGCCAGUCGAUCUGUAUCAUUCUCAACUGCCGGAGAUACAACUCAACCGCGAUCUGAUUUAACAUCUCAGCUUUCAGCAAUCGAAAAUGCCAUCGCCCAGGAUAUGUGUUUGCCAAGCCCCAGCUUAUCACCGGUUACCGCCAUGAAUGCUCUCAACGUCGAGUCAUCUUUCGAUUCCGAGGAACCUGAUAACGACACAGACUCCAGCCUAGACCAUAACAUGUCACGGUACCCCAAGGCAAUCCGUUUACGCGAUCCAGAUCAUCAAAUGACGAGCCAUCCGACAUCUACUGCAGAAUCUCCGUCAUCUCUGAUGGACAUGCCCAAGGUAUUGGAAUUUUUCGACUCUGUGCCUGAGGAGAUGAAAACCUACAUGAUGUAUCAGUUCUUGCGGCGAUGCCCAAAACCCACUCUGCAUUUUGUGGCCGAUGUGGUGAAUCCAACCCUGAAAUGUGACUUCCUGUCCCUUCUUCCCAUCGAACUGAGCCUGAACAUCGUACAGUUCUUGGAUGUGCGAACCAUGUGCCGUGCAGCUCAGGUUUCUAAGAAGUGGCGCCAUAUCAUAAAUUCAGAUGAGAAAACAUGGAAAGAUCUUCUAGACAAGGACGGCUAUUGUCUUUCCGAUGUGGAACUAGAACGAGCUAUCACGGAGGGCUGGGGCUGGCAAGGCAGUAUCGUGGAUAACGUUGAGAAGGAUGUCCGUCGCCAUUCUGUCUACUACCCUAACAACGAUUCCGAUCCCAAAGGUCAUGAAUUCUCACCCGUCCCGUCCCCCUCUCCCUCUGGAGCCGUUGAAGGAUAUUCUUUGUCACUCAACAGACGUCCCAAGCGGAAAGCAGGUAACACGCGGAUUUUCAGUCGAAAGUUAGCUAAACGCAAGGUCUCGACGUGUGAAACGGACGUCGACCAAGACUGGAAGAAAGACGCUUCGGCUUCCGAGGCACCUUAUGCUGCGGCCAAUGCUGCUGCCAGGGCAGUCCCAGUCCCUACGAUCGGUAUUCCCGCACUGAGUGGGCUUUAUCUAUACAAGGCGCUGUAUCGUCGACACCACGCAAUCCGUCGCGCAUGGAUGAACCCUGAAGUCAAGCCUAAACACAUCGCUUUCCGUGCUCAUGGGCGCCACGUAGUCACCUGCCUGCAGUUCGAUUCUGACAAGAUCUUGACAGGUAGCGAUGAUACAAACAUCCAUGUGUAUGAUACCAAGACCGGGGCUCUGAAGACGACAUUGAAGGGCCACGACGGAGGUGUAUGGGCCCUUGAAUACUACGGGAACACGCUGGUAUCUGGCUCUACUGAUCGAUCCGUGCGUGUGUGGGACAUUGAAGGAGCCCGGUGCACCCAGAUCUUCCACGGCCAUACUUCAACUGUCCGUUGCUUGCAGAUUGUGUUGCCCACCGAAGUGGGCAAGGAUGCCAACGGCCAACCGGAGAUGAUGCCUAAGGAACCUUUGAUCAUCACCGGCUCGCGUGAUUCAAAUCUGCGAGUGUGGAAGCUUCCAAAACCCGGUGACCCAACGUACUAUCCCAGUGGACCUCAUGCAGAUGAUGUUGAUUGCCCAUACUUUGUCCGCAUGUUGUCUGGUCACACUCACUCUGUUCGUGCCAUUGCUGCUCAUGGCGAUACUCUGGUGAGCGGCAGCUAUGAUACCACUGUGAGGGUGUGGAAGGUUUCCACGGGGCAAAUCCUGCACACACUUACAGGCCACACUCUGAAGGUUUAUAGCGUUGUCUUGGAUCCCAAGCGCAAUCGCUGCAUCAGCGGUGCCAUGGACCACAUGGUCAAGGUUUGGUCCCUACAUGAUGGAUCUCUACUGUAUAAUCUGGAAGGCCAUACCUCACUUGUUGGUCUACUCUCACUGCAGAGUGAUCAUCUCGUCUCGGCUGCCGCAGAUUCCACCCUUCGAAUCUGGGAUCCUGCGCAUGGCCACUGCAAAAACAUGCUUAGCGCUCACACCGGUGCCAUCACUUGUUUCCAGCAUGAUGGUCAGAAGGUCAUCUCGGGCUCAGAUCGUACCUUGAAGAUGUGGGACGUGAACAACGGUGCAUGUGUUCGGGAUCUGCUCACUGACCUCAGUGGAGUGUGGCAGGUCAAAUUUAACGACCGACGAUGUGUUGCUGCUGUGCAGCGCGAUAGCUUCACUUAUAUCGAAGUUCUUGAUUUCGGUGCUUCACGCGACGGUGUACCCGAAAAUGUUCUCGGAAAUCGUGUCACUGUCAAUGAAAACGGAGUGGAAAUCCAAUCCAUGAACGGUGACACCGACUCUGAUUCCGACUAA